GGUCGUGCGGGCGGAGCAGCUCCAGCGGCCGCGCCGGCACCGCAGCCCCGCGCCCGCACGGACACCCGCACCGGCAGCGCCGCCCGCACGGACACCGCCCGCCCGGCCCCGGCCGCGGCCCCGCGCAGCCGUGGAUCCCAGUUGGGCAGCUCUUCCUGAAGGUGCUUGGCAGCCAGCAGCCCCGUGGCUCUGAAGAGGCAGCCAGCUGCCCCCAGAUCACUGCAGCCAUCCUGCCACCCUCGUGGGAAGUGCCCGCCUGCCCGGGCCCCCCAAGACCCUGUCUCUAGCUGCGCUGGCGGGUGGCGCCGCCCCGCACCUGGCCGCGAUGGGGACUCUCUGAGCCGUGGACGCAGGCUUCUGGCUGGGUGUGGUGCCGCUCCUCCCAGACGAUGUGGCUGGCUCCGCGCCAAGGCCCCGCCACGUCCCCUGGACUCCCCGCGCCUGAGCUGGCGGCGGGCCGGGGCCUGCGCCUCGUCCUGGGCGUGCUGAGCCUGGCCGUGGUCGUGGCGCGCCUGGAGGGGCAGGCCUACUCUCCCACCGUCAACACACGCUAUGGGAAGCUACGCGGCGUGAGGGUGCCGCUGCCCAGCGAGAUCCUGGGGCCUGUGGACCAGUACCUGGGCGUGCCCUACGCGGCGCCGCCCGUCGGCGACAAGCGGUUCAUGCCCCCUGAGCCGCCUGCGUCCUGGUCGGGCAUCCGGAACGCCACGCACUUCUCGCCCGUCUGCCCCCAGAACAUCCACAGCGCCGUGCCCGAGAUCAUGCUGCCCAUCUGGUUCACCUCCAACCUGGACAUCGUGGCCACCUACAUCCAGGACCCCAACGAGGACUGCCUGUACCUCAACAUCUACAUCCCCACUGAGGACGUAAAGCGGAUUUCCAAGGAAUGCGCCCGAAAGCCCAACAAGAAAAUAUGUAGGAAAGGAGGAGCCAGCGCUAAGAAACAGGGCGAGGACUUAGCCGAUAAUGACGGGGACGAAGACGAAGACAUCCGGGACAGCGGGGCCAAGCCCGUGAUGGUCUACAUCCAUGGUGGCUCCUACAUGGAGGGCACCGGCAACAUGAUUGACGGCAGCGUCCUGGCCAGCUACGGCAAUGUCAUCGUCAUCACCCUCAACUACCGCGUCGGCGUGCUAGGGUUCCUGAGCACGGGGGACCAGGCUGCCAAGGGGAACUACGGGCUGCUGGACCAGAUCCAGGCACUGCGCUGGGUCAGUGAGAACAUCGCCUUCUUCGGGGGGGACCCCCUGCGCAUCACUGUCUUCGGCUCCGGCAUUGGCGCCUCCUGCGUCAGCCUGCUCACCCUGUCCCACCACUCUGAAGGGCUGUUCCAGAGGGCCAUCAUCCAGAGCGGCUCGGCACUCUCCAGCUGGGCCGUGAACUACCAGCCAGUGAAGUACACGAGCAUGCUGGCAGACAAGGUGGGCUGCAAUGUGCUGGACACGGUGGACAUGGUGGACUGUCUGCGCCAGAAGAGUGCCAAGGAGCUGGUGGAGCAGGACAUCCAGCCGGCGCGCUACCAUGUGGCCUUCGGCCCCGUCAUCGAUGGUGACGUGAUCCCUGAUGACCCCGAGAUCCUGAUGGAGCAGGGCGAGUUCCUCAACUAUGACAUCAUGCUGGGUGUGAACCAAGGCGAGGGUUUGAAGUUCGUGGAGGGGGUGGUGGACCCCGAGGAUGGCGUCUCGGGCAGCGACUUCGACUACUCUGUCUCCAACUUCGUGGACAAUCUGUAUGGGUACCCUGAGGGCAAGGACACGUUGCGGGAGACCAUCAAGUUCAUGUACACGGACUGGGCUGACCGCGACAACCCUGAGACACGCCGCAAGACCCUGGUGGCACUCUUCACCGACCACCAGUGGGUGGAGCCCUCAGUGGUGACGGCCGACCUGCACGCUCGCUACGGCUCCCCCACCUACUUCUAUGCCUUCUAUCACCACUGCCAGAGCCUCAUGAAGCCCGCCUGGUCCGACGCAGCGCAUGGCGACGAGGUGCCUUAUGUCUUCGGCAUCCCCAUGAUCGGCCCCACUGACCUCUUCCCCUGCAACUUCUCCAAGAAUGACAUCAUGCUCAGUGCUGUCGUUAUGACCUACUGGACCAACUUUGCCAAGACGGGGGACCCCAACAAGCCAGUGCCCCAGGACACCAAGUUCAUCCACACCAAGGCCAACCGCUUCGAGGAGGUGGCCUGGUCCAAGUACAACCCUCGAGACCAGCUGUACCUGCACAUCGGGUUGAAGCCACGGGUGCGCGACCACUACCGUGCCACCAAGGUGGCCUUCUGGAAGCACCUGGUGCCGCACCUGUACAAUCUGCACGACAUGUUCCACUACACGUCCACCACCACCAAGGUGCCGCCACCCGACGCCACGCAGAACGCCCACAUCACCCGCCGGCCCAACGGCAAGGCCUGGACCACCAAGCGCCCUGCCCUGUCCCCCGCCUACAACAGUGAGGACGGCAAGGAGCCAUGGAGCCCGGAGCAGGAGGCCGGGACCCUGCUGAUUGAGAACCCACGCGACUACUCCACUGAGCUGAGCGUCACCAUCGCCGUGGGUGCCUCCCUCCUCUUUCUCAACGUCCUGGCCUUUGCUGCCCUCUACUACCGCAAGGACAAGCGCCGGCAAGACACACACCGCCAGCCCAGCCCCCAGCGCAGCGCUGGCAACGACAUGGCCCACACGCCCGAGGAGGAGAUCCCCUCCCUGCAGGCCAGCCAGGCACACCGCGAGUGCGAGCCAGUGCCCGUGCCAGCCCACGAUGCCCUGCGCCUGGCCGCGCUGCCUGACUACACGCUGACCCUGCGUCGCUCACCAGACGACAUCCCACUCAUGACACCCAACACCAUCACCAUGAUCCCCAACUCCCUGGUGGGGCUGCAGACCCUGCACCCCUACAACACCUUCGCCACUGGCUUCAACAGCACCGGGCUCCCCCACUCACACUCCACCACCAGGGUAUAGCUCCCCAGCUGCCCGCCUGCCCGCGCACGCACACACACGCACGCACACGCACGCUCGCUCACAGCGGACGCUGGGGCCGGGGUGGGGGCCCGGGCACUCCAACAGCGCACGGACAGGCUUGUCCAGCCCAGAGGGCAGAGCAGAGCCCCAGCUGGCGCACUGCGGACAGCAUGGGGGGGGGACAACUGGUGCCACCCCCAGCUCCUUCCUCCAUUUCUUUUUUAUUUCUCCAAGUGCUUUGACUCUCCUGCGCUGAUGCCGGGGUUGUGGGGCGCAGCCAGAGCCGCACAGCAGGACUGACCCCAGGGCAGGGGCACAGCCCUUAUGCCCUGCUCCCUGCUAGGGAGCCCUGGCCACGCCGACAGCAAAACGGACACAUGCGAUGGGCUGCAGAGCCUCUGCCUUGGCCCGUGGUCCGUUGGCCUCCCAGAGGCUGGGCCUCGUGCCAGGCAGCAACCCUGCCUGGCACAUGGGGCUGCCCAGAGCCCCUGGUCGCCUCCUGCCACGGGAGCCCAGGGGCGCCAGAAACUCGCCAUCAUCCAAAGUGCCGUGGAACACGCGCCCGCACUUUGCCGAGCCGCAGCGGCUGGGCAGGAGCUAGGGGGUGCCGUGCCCGCCCCGGGCUUGCCCUGCCCGCUGUGCGCUGCAGAGAACCUCUUUCGUGCGGGCGUUUCUCUUUGCAGAGACGUUUUUUAAGCAGAUCUUUAGUUCUUUACACACUAACGGAGUCGCCGCGUUUUGUCCUUUGUAAAGAUUUUAAACCAAGUGUUCUUGAUAUAAAAUAAAAAAGCCAGUUAGAAUCCCAGCGUGUGUGGCCCCGGCAUCCCCUGAGCCCCGGCAGCACGUGCUCCCAGGCCCUUCCUGACCUUUUGUAUUUUUUAUAUUCUCCCUCUUCUCUCAUGCUGCGUAUGCCAGCUGGGCACUACGUGCCAUGCAGCCCGUCUGUGACUGCCCCAGCCCUGCCCUGCCUUGCCCUGCCCUGCCCAACUGCCUUCCUGCCCCCACUCCCCAGGUCCAUGUGCUCGCCGGUCCUACCUUUGCUCCUUGCCCUUCCGGUGAGUGCCGCCCCUGCUGCACUGAUGCUGCUCAGCUGAGCCUGCCCUUGCGCCACCCUCAGGCCCCAGCCCUGGUCCCUGCUGCCCAGGUCCAUGCCCCCUUGCCUGCUCUGCCCUGUGCCCUCCAUGCCCCCUGCCUCCCUGGGGUCUUGCAGCCAGCCACCUCGGGGGUGGACGCGUGAACAAACCAGGGGGCCCAAGGCAGCCCACUUUGGAGCAGUGCCUGGGCAGCAUGCGGGGGGCCAGGGGAGGCAGCGUGUCCAGGUUGGCCUCAGCUGGUCCCUUCUGGGCCUCUGCACUUGGCAAGCAGGCCCUGUGCUUGGGGGCCUCUGGCCCAGAGCCCAGUCCCAGGGCAGCAGGGCUGGGGGUAGUGUUUGGAGGGAGCUAGCCUGCAGCAUGGCAGGAAAGGGUGGGCAGGGCUGUGGGGAGCAGGGCCUGCAGCUUGGGAGUGAGAGGCACUGCAGGCUUGGGGCUGGAGCUGGCUGAGGUGGGGAGGGCUGUGGUUUGGGGACACUGGGGAUGGGGAGCCCAGGGCAGGGGUGCAGCCUGAGGCCCUGGAGCAGAGCUACAGAGCUGUGGGGGCAGGGGGAGUCGUGCUGAGCGGCCUCCUCUGGCGCAGGAUUGGGCUUCCAGGUCCUCCGCAGUGGUAUUGCAGGGUCACUGCACUGGUGGCCGGCAGGGGCAGGAGAGCCUGAUCCUGAGCCCAGGGCUGGAGCAGGGGCCAGGGUGGGGUCCAUGGCCAGCAAAGCUGCUCCCCUCCACCACAGGGCGGCCACAUGCCCAGCACCUGCCCCCAGCUGGGGUAGACGAGGCCCAGACCAGCAUAAGGCUGGGGGUGUUGCUCCCCUGCCCCAAGGCUGGGACUGGGUGGUGCAGAUGGCAGAAUGUAUUUGUACCCAUCACCCCAGCGAGUAACCUGCUCCAAUAAAACUGAUAUUUUUA